AUAUAUUGUGUUUUAUAAGAUGUGUAAAUGUUCGGCGCUUCAAUAAUUUUAUAGAGAAAAAAAAAAAAGAGAAAAACGACAGAGUAAAAUUGUUAUUUAUUAAAUAAUAUUUCAAUGACAAUGUUAAAUGAAAGAUAAAUAUGAAAGCAAUAAAAACGAUGGAUAUGACAUUGCCAUUUAAUUUAAAACAAGAACAAGAGGUUAACGAAAAUGAAAUUGACGAUGAUGCUAGUUUGAAUGAACUUGAUAAUAUCUUGUCUAUGCCACUACCAUCAAUUACUGAAAACAAUUUUCUCUUGUCUUCUGCUCCUAAUCAUGAAUUCUUACGACUUACUGCAAUGGUACGUGCAGUGUACUUCUCGUAUCUUCAGAAAUGUUUACUUAGUAAUUACAUAGUAUGUUACAAUCAAAAGAACGAAGAGACUUUUAGUUACGAUUUAAAAAAGUGCGCAGAUCAAAUGGAACUAAACGCGGUACGAUGUUCUUUAGAAGCUUCUUUAUAUAGACAACACAUGCUUAAAAUGAUUUCAGAUAUUAAAUCACACACCUCUCAAAAAAAAGUGUAUAAACAAUUAGUUAUGCUUUUAGAGGCACCAUCAAAUAAAGUUGAUGUUGGUGUACAAACUAAUAGCCUCUGUUUAAAAAGUAAUUUCUGUGAUCAGCAUAAAAGUAAUACCACGCAGGAUGCUUGCAUUACUUCUAAUUACGAAGAAUUAAUUAAUCUGAAAGAGACAUUAUUUGUGGAUAAGAAGGUUCCUUAUAUAGAAGAAUCAGAUGUUUCAUUGAUGCAAGAUAAUUCAAGUGUUAAAACACUUUUAUUAAAAGAAGAGGAUACAGACAAACUAAUAUUCGAAGAACAAAGCCAAGAAACGACAAUUUUUACAGAAGCACUUUCAACAGCUAUUUCCAUUCAGCAGCAAACAGAGAGUGUUCCAAAUGAUGGUGAAAACUCGCAAGAUUCUCUUUUGCAACACAUGGAAGAUAUGUUCUGUGAAAGUGACGAUAGUAGCGAUCUAACAACGUUAAUCGAAAAACAUUCGGGCAUCAGUAAGGCUAGUGUUGAUAAGGAAAUCAAUAAGAUGAGCUUAGACACUGAUAACUCAAUAGCUUCUAAUUUCAAACAACAUAUAGAAGAGAGUAAUAAUAUUCCAAAGAGUAAUGUAAAAACAUCUAAUUCUGUCCAAGGAAAAUUUAGUUUUAGUUAUUAUAAAGAAAUGAAAAAUAGAGCAGAAAAACCAACAGAAAUUAACAAAGAAGAAACAAUUGAGUGCAAACAAGAAACAAGUGAAAAUAAACAGAAGAAGAGAACGGAUGGUAUCUGGUUUGUCGAAAGAGUACAUCAGGUUUCGAAAUUGAAAACUAAAAUGACAGAAUUGUCCAUAACAAAUUACCGGAAGCAUGGUAAAGUGAAAGAAAAAUUUAUCAAAUUAUUUGGAGAAUUUGACGAAGAAGAAAUGAUGCCAGAUUCACCGAUUUGUAUAGAAGAACAUUUAACUGCAUGCAAAGAAAGGAUAGCUCCGUGGAUUGUUAAAUAUCUUAUGCCGUUUUAUAAAAAAAGACGAAUCAAAGAUCGUCAAUUAUUUAAAGCUGUAGCUAAGCAUAUUGCUGAUAUGCUUAUUAUCGAGAAUACAUUUCCUGAGGAAAAUUGUAUUAACAAAUAUAUAGACAAUUAUUUCCGGAAUAGAAAAUUCAUUAGGACGAGUCAAGAUAUAUAUGUGUAAGAGUUACAGAGUAUCCACCUCUGUAACACAUUAGAUGUAAGAAAAAAUACAUUUAUAAAUUAAUUAUUCUAUCGCCAUAUAAACAGAAAUUACUUCUUUUUUUCUAAUGUGUACUAGAGAUAGGAGAUAUUUUUUCUUUUAAGACUGAUGAAAAAGGAUAUGAUUUUAAGAUAUAUUAUCGAAUUAAUACUCGUAUUAGAAAAAGAGAAAAAAAAAAAUAAAUAAAUAAAAAGUAGUAGAUAUUUCUUCAAAAACACUUAAAUCUGUUGUGUGCACGUAUAAUAUAUGUAAAGUUAGACUUAUGAUAUUAAUAAUUAAAUAAUUAAAUAAUUAGAGACUGAGUCAUAGUGUGUGUCCAUUUGAUUGUACCUGUUUAGAUAUUACAUUCAUUGUAUUCUUAAUAAUUUUGAAAAAUAAUGUUAAUGAUAAGGGGGUAUUAUAUAAAAAUCCAAUAAUUUUACUCUUGAUUUUCAAACAAUAUCCAUAAUAAUAAUUGUAAUAGUAAUAAUAAUAACAAUAAUUACUUUAUUCCAUUUGUGUUGAAAUGAGAAAUUUAAACACAAUAAAGAGAUUCAGAAUAUUGAGACGUACAAAUGUUUUCAAGAAUAUUUUUAGCAAAUAGAUAUUUAUAUUAUAUUAUCUUUCAUUAUUAUUUAAAAACUGAAUAUUUUGACUAAAUCAAUUAUAUAAUUGCUAAUUAAAAGGAAAAUUCGUAUUUUAGAGUAUACACACCUUUGUACAUAAAUUAUUUGAGAAAAUAGAUUCGUACAAGUUGUCCAUUAAAAUAUAAUUGGUAGAAACAAUAUUAAAACUCAAAAGUAGAAACAUUAGCAACAACAAGAUAUAUUACAAUAAUUUCAUUACUUAAGAGUAAUAAUAUUUGUUAAAGUUGCAAGUUUCUAAUAAAAGUACGAAAGAGCAGAUUUGGAUCAA